AUGGCAGAGGUUGAGAUAAAAGCUUCAGAGGAAAAAGAAGGAAAAAUAAUGCCUGUGAACACUCAGGUAAUUCCAGAAGGUUCUGAUGUUUCUGCAGCUGUAACCUGCAAUGAAAGAGAAGGGCAAGAGAAUGACACCACAGGAGAAGGCAAAAAACAAGAUGAGAUCCAACCAAAGGAGCAAGAGCUUCCUGAACUUAUAAGGCACAAGCAUGAAAGUAAGAGAAUGAUGCCUUGUCUGCCUUCUAUCAACCUCCUUGAGCUGACAACAAUUCUUCGCGAUCCUAACAUGCCAUCUCAGAAGAUCCUGAAAGAAGUAGCAGACAAGAUCAUGACCAGAAGUGAAGAAAGUGAAAGUGAUGAUGGUUCUGUGAGUAGUGGUGGUGGUGUUGUUGGAAUGAAAGGCCUGCUAGACUGUAUUUUUGAAGUGAGCUACAUGCAUGAGGAUUCUGACAUUUCUGAUGAUGAUGACUCAUUUGAGAGAAUUCCCAGACAGAUACCCUGCACCUUCUGCAACAAGAUUUUUGGAAGCACCAUGACUUGGAAUACUCAUGUUCUAGUUGCCCAUCCACAGCAGGAGCAUUCAGUGCACAACAUCAGGAAAACAUCAGUGAGUGAGUCUGAAAGGAAAGAGAAAGGUCAUCCUCACAGAAAGCAUCUUAGAAGCUCUUCUAAAUCCGAAUGUGAUGCAAGCAAUAUAAAAGCCUAUUAUACAUCUGCAGCAAAUAAGAAACAGGCCAGUGGUGAAGAAAAUGUGCCAGUCCGCAAAAGACAUUCAUCAUUUUCAAAAUCUCAGCACAGAGAGGUACGUAAGUGGGACAGUAAACAUCAGCCAUCCUCAGGUCAGUUGAAAAAUGAAUCACCAUCAAGCGGUAUAUCUUCUUGUGAGUUGAUGCACAGAGAUAAAGAAAUUGCUACAGUUGAGCAUCAGAGUGAAUCAACUGAAGGUGAAGUUAACACUGGCGCAGCUUCUGAGGCUCUUGAUAAAGUCAGUGCAGUUGAAUCAGCGGGUAAAUCAGCCAAAGCUAGUUCUCAGCAGCAAGGCACUGACAACACUUGCUUGAAUCAGUCUAGCUCAGAAAUGAAAGAUGAUACAGAACUGCCACAGAGUAGUGGAUCUGCCUCAGGUACUCAUAUUCCCGUUAACUCUUCAGAACAUGCAGCUGCUUUGAGCUCACACUCUAAGUGUGGUCAGAAGAGAAGAACAACACCAGAACUUCCAGAAUCUACCUCUGUGUCUUCUUUAAGCUCGAAGCGUUCCAGAAAAACUAUUGCUAAGGAUUAG